AUGACUCCGAUCUCCUCCGCUACCGUUCCUUUGGAGCCGGGCUACUUACCUGACUGGUCCAACACCAUCCGGCUCUUUGUCCAAAACAUGGACUCCCGCACGAUUGUGAUCAUGGCGCGGCCGUAUGACACUUUAGGCGAGUUACUUGGUCGCUUCGCGGGUGUGGGGCAUAGGAGCAACCUGCAUGCCGUAUUUGAUGGUCGGCAGCUCCCUCCCAAGGCGCCGAUCGGCGAGCUCCGUCUUCCGCCGGACGCCUUGCUCCACCUAACCCCGUACCCCGAAGCAUGGAGCCUUGCGUCCCAGAUCGCCGCUGCGGCCACAGCCCAGAGGCUCGUCUCCGCGGAAACCGCAGAGUUCUUCAGGAACUUCUUUGGCAACGACAGGCAACGUAUGCCCCGGCUUGUGCGGUAUCUCGGCAUACCGCAUGGCGCACCGCAGGACGUCGUUGUUGCGGAAGCCUCCAGGAUGCUCGUCUCCAGGGACACUGUCCUGCUCGUCAGGAAGUUCCUCGACAGCGCCAGCACCGUCCACCAGCGGCAAGCCCCACACCACGCUGAAAUGAUGGGGGAGUACCUCGACGUCCUACUCCAAAGCGGUGUCAUCGGCCUUCUGGUCCGCCUCUACCUCUCCAACUCCGGGAAGUAUCAUAAUAGAGGAAAGUCGGCAAUCCUGUCCUUCCUGAUUCCGGAUGGCAGGCUUCCCCUUCAUCUCGAGGUGUGGUCGGCCCCAGUGUUCUUGCAGCUCUGCCGCUUGAUCGCCUCUGGCUCGACCCAUGGAAAAAACGACCCGAUCUACAGGGACUGUAGAGGGAAGCUUGCGAACUUGCUCUCUUUGCACGGGUGGCUGACGCUGCCGGAGCCGGAGUUGCCUCGAGAGUGGUUGAUCGAGCAGCUGAUUCCUUUGGCCCAGGAGACGGCGGACGAGUUCAUUUUGUACAUGGGCCAGGGUACAUGGGUGCCCCCGGUCUUCGAGUUCAGAGUAUUCUUCUCGGUGCUGUGCCGAAAGGUGCGCGUCCCAUGUGCCGCCGACUCGUCGCCAGAUGGUCGCGCAGGAGCGGCACUGUCCCAGAUGGCGAUGUCCCUGCUGACGUCGGUCUCUGGGUUCAUGGCGAGUUUGGAUUCGUCGGACAGGGACUCGACGCCGUCGAGCAAGCACCAGCAGGACGCGGCGGUUGACAGGAUCUGGGUUGUUUUAGACGCGCUGGAUUCAUGGUCCGAGACGCACGGCCAGUUUGCCGCCGCCAUGCGGGACACGCUCAUGGCACAUGCGGCGUACUUCAACGCACUCGUGCUGGGCACCAGCGCUGGGCGGAGCAGGCAAGACGACAUGGCCCGUAUCGUCUCCAAGCAUAGGGACAUCCUCGGGGUGGAGGCGCGGAGGCAUUUCUCCAUGGCGAUGCUGCCGGAACUAGAUGCGGACCUGUCACCUCUGGACAUGGAGCGGCCACUAGAGGUGCUCAUCUAUCGGUCGCAGCUGCUGUUUGAAUCCUUAUUGUACAUCUCCACCGCAACGCGCGACGAGCUCCAUGCCGGCCUGGACGUGGAGUUCGUGAACGAGGAAGCCAUCGGCGACGGGGUGGCCAGAGAGUGGGUCACCCUGGUGACGCUGUUCUUGCGGCUAUCUGGGAGACCCAUCACCCUGGAAGACAUUGCAGACGCCGACCCAAGCAUGUACGCGAGCUGCAGGAAAAUCCUAGAGAUGGAUCCUGAUCUCAUCGAUUCAAACGCGUUGGGUCUCACGUUUGCUCGAGAAGUUGGAGCGUUCGGGUCCCGGGAAGUCAUUGAGCUCCUCCCCGGAGGGAGAGAUGUCCCUGUUGAUAGCAAGAACAGAAGCCAGUACAUCGAUCUUCUGAUUCAAGAUCUCUUCGCGAACAGCACCAAAGAUCAGCUAAAUCAUUUUGCUGAGGGGUUUAGGUUCAUGCUCGUGAGACCGGAGUUGCAGAGAGCUUUCUUCCACAGCUUGGAUCUUGAAGAUCUUGACCAGAUGCUGGGUGGACGCAUGAGCACCAUUGAUGUGCAAGAAUGGAAAGAAAAUACCACCUACCGGGGUUACAGCGCUGUGGCGAGCAUGACGGCUGAAGAGCAGAGACGGCUGCUCUUCUUUUGGACCUCGGUGGAGUAUCUACCAUUUGACGGUUUCGGCGGGUCAGAGCUAUCCAUGCACAUAUCCAAGGCAUCAUCCAAGACUCCAGACCAUCUCCCGUCCUCAAGGACCUGCAUGUACCGCUUGAACCUGCCCUGCUAUACCUCCUUCGACAUGACGCUGAGCCGGCUACGCAUGAUCGCCCAGGACCACGUGAGCAAUAGCUUUGGUGAGAUAUAAGCUUCAACGCUGGUCUCAUAUGGGUAUCAAUAGUUUACGUUCCCGUGUAUUUCCGAGCCAAAUCCAAAUCAGAAGUUGAAAAGGAUGAGGGACACACUUUGAAAUAGUUGAGGUUUUGGACACCAGGCAAAUCAUCGUGAUGUACUAUCAGGUUUAGUUAAAAGAACACAAA